AUGAAGAGGGCUCGGAAAGCAACGGUUGUGGCGGGUCUGGGCUGCUUGGUCCUUCUGUAUUCCGUGUUCUCUUCGGGGUCCAGGGAAGGCUCCGAGUUCCUAGAGACGACGGCGAGGAUGAGAGGACCUGUGCCCUACGACGACCCGGACCUCCUGCGGUACGUAAGGCAAGGUUUCCUGUCCCCGCCGUCGGACUUGCCCUACAACCUCGUCCAGGAUCACGCCCAGGUCCGCAUGGAAGCUAAGAAGUACACAUCUUACGUCGGGGAGUUCGGCUACGUGUUCUUCGCUCGAGUGCUGCGCGAGAUCUUCGGAGGGACGCGGGGGGGCUUCUUCGUGGAAGCCGGCGCCCUCGACGGGGAAUUCCUCUCCAACACCCUGCUGCUGGAGAGGGACUUGGGCUGGACUGGUUUGCUGGUGGAGAGCAAUGGGGAUUCCUUCAAAGAACUACUAACGAAGCGAAGGAAGGCUUGGGCGAGCCACUCCUGUCUCGCCGCGCACGAGUAUCCCCACGAAGACUUCCUGGUCAAAUUUCGACGCGAACACUCGGCGAUAGACACGUACGAGAACAGGGCAGCGAGCGCCCAUUCCAUGAUGAUGAGUCACGACCGAGGGGCAGCCAUGGACAACUCGCUCCCGGGGCACCGCGAGUACGAGAGGGUCCAGUGUCUCCCCCUCGCGACGCUGCUGCUCGCCAUCGACGUCACGCACGUGGACUUGGUCUCCCUCGACGUGGAGGGCGCUGAAAUGGGCAUCCUGAGGCACUUCCCGUGGGGUCGCAUAACGGUGGACGUGUGGCUGGUGGAGCACGGUGGGCACGGGAGGAAAGAGGAGAACAACUACGAUUCCGAUUUCAUUCAGAUGUUCAGCGAUCGCGGCUAUGAGUUGUAUAGUGCCAACGAUGACGCGAGCAUAAAUUAUGUGUUUGUGUUAAGAAGUUCCAAAGUCUAUAGCAGACUUAAACCAACUGUGUGAUACUCUCUCUCAUACCUACACAGUCAUGAUCCAGUCAUAUACACAUUGUUAAAGUAGAAACUUUUUUUAUUUUUUAUUUGCUUUUUAACUUUUUGAAUUCAUGUGGAUCCUGCAUUGCAGUAGUAUUUAGUGAGAAAUGUAAAGAAUGUGCUUGGUUUAUUACGUAAAAUGUGUUAAUUAUUGAUAAUUCUGACGAUCUCAGUGCCAUUUAGCAUCCGCUAAAUGGCAUGGUAUAUGUUAUUUAAACCAGUGAAUAACAUAACAUGAAUACUAACAAAUUUACAUUUUUUGUUGGCCUUUGCCAGAGAGAAUAUUUUUUCUGAUAUAAUGAUUUAGUGUUUAAUAUCUUCCACAAUCUUACUGCAUCCUGAAUGAAUUAUUUAAUGAGUAAUUAUUGUUGAAUGAUCCA